AUUCCAAAGUUAUUAAUAUUAUACUUAUCUAUGAUUCCGAAUAUGCGGCAAUGCUUGAUUACGCAUUUACGCUCGUGGUCUGGAAACCGAGAAGUGGACGGAAACGGGAAAACAUUAACAACCGUUACUGGGGGAUUUGGAAUCGUGAUAUAUCCUAAAUGAGCGUUUCGGGCAAGUGGUUUUGGUUGAGCCUCAAGGGAAGCAAUAUCAUAACCGAUGAUUUCCAUCAAGAAAAUUAUCUUUGGGGUCUGGGGAUCAUGAAUUUCGCAAACACCCUUUUUGUACAUUGAUAACGCUACACUGAUAACGGUGACUGUCCGUACAUCUGGGUCCUGCGGUGGUCAGCGUCCCGACCAUCCGUAAUCCGCUCCGCUGUUUCACGACUGAAGACGCUCACCCCGCAGCGCGUUAAAAUAUCGAUUUUACCGUCGCAAGACACCUAGUGUACCGUUGUUGUUGUUUUGAUCAUUUGGUUGUUCGUCUGCGUGUAAUAAACAGCGUAAUGUCCGUUAACAUGACCGAAGAAGUCCAGAGCGAUGAGGUGUUCAAGAAACUAGACGCGUUGAAAGAUAUAAGAGACAAAACUGAAAAAUUGGAAACUCUGAAAAUGAACAUUUUAAAGGAAAUUGAAGCAAGUGAUCAAGAAGAUAAAUGUCUUAUUGAGUAUCGCAAAGAACUAGAACUUUUACUGCAAGAAAAAAUGGCACAUGUAGAAGAACUUAGACAGAUACAUGCUGAUAUUAAUGCGAUGGAAAGUGUAAUAAAAAAAGCUGAAGAAUCUAGAAAUCGAUCUAUGGAACGUGCUAAACAAGUCCAUGAUGAAUAUAAACCUCUUAAGACAGAUAUUGACCUUAUGCGUAGGGAUUUACUUGGACUUGAACGGUUACCAGAACUUCACGAAGAAGAAAGUGAUCUUGUGAGACCAGAUCUAUUUGUCCAAACCUAUUUUGACAAACAAAUUAAACCUGCCGUGUCAACUCCCCCAAAUUCAGAUUGGCACAAUGGAGAUAGUGUACAGAACUUAACUCAAGCACAUCAGCAUGCUCAAGCUGCUGUGGCAGCUUUUCUUGGAUCUCAAGCCGCUCCACUACAACAACUUGCAACUAGCAGCAAAAUGGUUAAUGGUGGACCUGUAGAUACUAGACCAAUACCUCCAAUUCCUGGACCACCUGCUUUCAGUUUUGAAAAUGAUCGUUCUGCUGCUGCAACCGUGAUGGGUAAUGUCAAGUAUAAAAUAAAAGCAGUGCUUAUAUCAGGACAACAACCACCACCAAUGAAAUCAUGCUUAUCGUGUCAUCAACAAAUACAUCGUAAUGCUCCAAUUUGUCCAUUAUGCAAAGCCAAAUCCAGGAGUCGCAAUCCGAAAAAACCAAAGAAAAAAGAUUAACUAGAAAUGACUCAGAGURACAAAUCUGAAUUAAAACUUUUAAUCAGAAUUCAAAGUAUAUGAUAAUUUAAAUAAGUCUACUUUGCUGAAACUGAACUGGCUUUUACAAAUAAGACAUUUUAGAAUUAUGGAAAUGUUUUAUUUCUUUUUGUUAUACUAAAUAAGAUCUUUUUUAGAUGCUUACUUUAUAACUUAAAAUAGGCUGA